AUGGCGUUCCGCAGCCCUUUCGCAAUUCCCCGUCAGUUGUUAACUGGGGCCUCUCUCGGUGCGCGAUCAACGAUCGGCAAUCGGUUGAAAUACACCAGCCAACGUGGACUCGCAACGGCGAUACCGCCGGUAACACAGAAUGCAGUGGGCUCCAAGGGCCCGACGGCCAUGGUAUUCAUGAAUAUGGGUGGGCCUUCAACGACAGAUGAGGUGGAGGAUUUCUUGAGCAGAUUAUUUGCUGACGGUGACCUCAUUCCUCUGGGACGCCUUCAAUCUUACAUUGGACCCCUUAUCGCCCGCCGGAGAACCCCGAAGAUUCAGAAGCAAUAUGCGGAGAUCGGUGGUGGUUCACCCAUUCGGAAAUGGUCAGAGUACCAAUGCGAGGAGAUGUGCAAGAUUUUGGAUAAGAUUUCCCCGGAGACUGCACCCCAUAAGCCAUAUGUUGCCUUCCGCUAUGCCGCGCCAUUGACCGAGACUAUGUACCAACAAUUGUUCGAUGAUGGUUUUGGACAAGGAAAAGGAGGACGUGCCGUUGCUUUCACACAAUACCCACAGUACUCUUGCUCGACAACUGGAAGUUCUCUCAAUGAGCUGUGGAAGUGGCGCAAUCGUUUAGAGGGAAAGCGUGCGAACGGAGAAGGCAGCGAGGUUGAGCCAGCUGGCGGGAUUCAAUGGAGUGUCAUUGAUCGCUGGCCCACUCACUCUGGUAUUGUCGAGGCUUUUGCACAGAAUAUUGAGGCUCAACUUAAGACAUACCCCGAGGAGAAACGAGACAAGGUUGUACUGCUAUUCUCAGCACACAGCUUGCCUAUGAGUGUUGUCAACAGAGGGGACCCCUACCCUGCCGAAGUGGCCGCAACCGUGCACGCCGUGAUGCAACGACUUAAGUUCAGCAAUCCCUACCGCCUGUGUUGGCAAUCCCAGGUUGGACCUAAGGCGUGGCUCGGAGCCCAGACUAGUGAUACCGUGCAAGAGUACGUCAAGCGGGGCCAGUCGGAUUUGAUCCUGGUUCCUAUUGCGUUUACAAGCGACCACAUUGAAACACUCUAUGAGUUGGACUUGGAGGUUAUGGAAGAAGCCAACAGCCCUGGCGUCAAGCGCGCAGAGAGCCUGAACGGCAACCCGGUCUUCAUUCAAGGCCUUGCUGAGAUCGCCCGCGACCAUCUGCAAAAGGGAGAGCUUUGCUCUCGCCAGAUGACUCUGCGUUGCCAGGGCUGCACCAGUGAGCGCUGUCUAGGCCAGAAGAAGUUCUUCGCUGGCCAGGAAAAUGCCUCCAUGGUGAUAUAA